AUGCACAAUACCGAAGCUAUUAUUGAAAUUACUACUGUAGAGUGUGACACGGAAUCAAGAACUGCAAAUUGCCAAAUAAAUGAAGAAAAUGAAGUUGAUACUUCAAAUCUUGUUCCAAUUACAGUUGAAGAAGGUGAUAACAUUGCGCAAGCUGCUUCUCCAGAUCGUGAUACAGACCAAAAAAUUGGUGAUAAAAUCACUGAUGACUCGAGUGAUGCUACUGAGAUAUCUGUAGUUGAUGCAAGUAUAAAUAAAACAAAUGCUGAAAUUGUAUCAAAUAAUAUGGGCAAUGUUGAAACUGACUUCGGCAGUGAUCACAAUAUUGUUGGUAAUGAAGAUGGAAAUAAUGUAAGUGCUGAUCCAUCAUCACAUAGUGAUGAAAGCUUUAGCAUUAGUGAAGCUGUGAUAGAAAUUGAUACUUCAAGUAAUGAUGCAGAAGUUGUAAUAAGUGGCAGUGAAGUUUGCUCAACCGGUGCAGAUGUUUCUCAAAAUCCUUUAGUAAAUGAGAGUGAAAUUAGGACAGAAAACCAAACUGUUAAUUCUAGUGUAAAUAAUGUAAAUAAUCCAGAGGUCGAUGAUAAUGAUAUAAAUAGAUGCAAAGAAAUUAUCCUAGAAACAAAAUCAUAUGAUAUGACGUUAACAAGUGCCAAACCUGAAAUUUUGAGUGUAAGUUUUUGUGACAAAUUUAGGACUACGGUUAAAGACGAUCAAAUAUUUGGUGAAUAUAAGAGAAGGCGAAGGAGAACUUCAAGUACAUCAGUCAUAUCUGAAUUCCAGCAUUCAAAUGAGCCGUUCAAUAUUUGGGCUUCAAGGGAUAUCUUGGAAGUGGAUAUAAGAACUAUAACACCUUCUGUGGAGAUCCUCACAGUUAACCCCAACGAGGAUUCAUUGGAUUCUGAAUAUGAAUUGAAGCACGAUGUUGAUGUAACUUGUUCCGAAAGAGUGUUUGAUCCUGGCCUCAACUUUUCUAAUUUUUCUAUGAAAUUUAUAAGCCCCAUCAAACCUACACCAAUGAGACAAUCGGUUUUUCCUGAUGACGAAUCCAACCUUCAUGAAUGCCUGAGCUCUAGUCCGAUUAAAAAGAACAAUGAAUCUAUUGACCACCAUGAAUUGCCUCAAGAAAUAAGUGGCAUAGCUAAACUUGAUGUACUUCAAGAUACAAUUGACGAUUCCUCCAAAUUAAUCAAUACUGUGGAUGACCGAGUACAAUCAUGUAUUCAAGCCAAUAACGUUUCCGUAUGUAGUCUUCCUCAUUUGAAUCCAGAAGAUAUCGAGAAGGUUGUUAACACAGAUUCUAGUUGUGAUUCAGUUGCAUGUGACCUAGUUGAUGAUAGUUUAAAUAAUUUAAAAACCGAUGGUGUCACUGUGGAUUUGAACACAAGUGGAGAAGUCGUUGCUUUUGUGGAGCAUCUAACAGCAGAUGCAGAUUUUGCGGAAGUGCAAACACAUGGUUUAAUGCAUUUUGAGGAAGUUGUAGAAUCUACGCAACUUCAAAGUUUUGACAAUGGGUUUGAUACUAAUUUAGGGAAAAGUACAACAAAAAAUCAGAAUAAGGAUAAGACAUCUCCAGAAUCUUUGUUUGCAAUACCACGUGAGAUCCAAGAUUCCAAACCUCACAAUGGACCAUUAGAAAGGAUAUUAAAGACUAUAGCAGAGUUUAGUCCUCCAGUAAAAAAUGUUUUAUAUGAUGUUUACAUUCCGACACCAGGAAGAAGUCUUUUGAAGUCACACUCGACUGUCGAUUAUUACAAAUCGCCUGUUUUUAGCAGCGGUGGCAGUGAUCGCAAAAGAAAAACUGUAAGCAGUCCUGCUGCGAAAUUGUCCUCUGAAAGAAUUAGAGCAGCUACAGUCAGAGGAACUAAUUCUAAUGAUGUAAGCCCAAAAGAUCGGGAUGAUAUAAAUUUGAAUUUGCUCUUAGGAGACUUAUCGGAUGACGCUAGAGAUUUCGAUUUGGCCUCCUAUAUAACUGAGGAGGAUUGCAAAGGUCUUUUAUUGCCAUCGUCUACACCAACGUCUCCUGGCCUUAAUCCGGUUCCUCCAAGGACACCGGGUGAUGCAGUUCCCAAUUCUGAGGCUGCUAACGAAUAUAGUCCGGCAGCCGCAUCAAAAAUAGCCAGGGAAAUGGUGCGGAAAUUGGUUAUGAGGACGUCACUUCAGCCACUUGAUAAAGUACAGAUGUCCAUUGAACCACUAUUUGCUAAUAAUAAUAGUACAUCCAAAAUGUCCAUUGAUAAAAACUCAUCAGCGCUUGAAUCUCCUCAGAAAGAUUCUUCUUUCUCCACAGAGGAUGAAUCAAUAGAUGUGGUCACAAUCGAUGAAAAAUGUCAGACACCAAGCAGUUUCCAUUCUAAUCAGUUCUAUAGGAAAACGGAUGAACGCGCAAAAGGUCUAGGUGUAGGCAAAGGUAAAAAUAUUAAAUCAAUGUGCAUACCAGAGUCUGAUGGUACUGAUGAGGGAGAGAACCAGGAUGAUGACAGUCCCUACAUGGAAAGUUCUGAGAGUGAUAGUGAUGAUUCGAGAAAGGCUGAUCCUGACUAUUGCAUUCGUGAAGAUGAGGCAUCAUUGAAAAAACUAUCUCGCAGUUCAGAUAAGAAGCAAAAUAAUACAAAAAAUGAGGACAAACCAUCUAACAAAAAUUCUAAGCGUAAAAAAGAUAAUAAGAAAUCCCAAAAACCUGUUAAAACCAAAUUAAUGAAAGAUGCAGAGAAGAAAUGCUCUCAAUUGGUUGACAUUAGAAAAAUUUCAUCGAUGACCGAUUCACAAGCUGAUAAAACUGUCAGCAAUACUUCAAAACCAGCCCGCAAACCUGAAAUUUCUGACAAAACUCCUAGGUUAAAUAGAGAUGUUUUAAAUAAGCCUAAAGCUAAACUUGCAAGAGUAUAUGAUGCGAAAAAAUGUGGAGGUGGAAAAGAGGAUAAUAAUGAGACGACUGCCAGUAAUUCAAGCACUCCUAAUAAUAGGAUAAAUAGUUCUGCUAAUGAAAUCACUGCCUUGAAUCCGAACACUGCCUUGACAUCGAGUCCUCCCAAAGUCAAUGAUUCGAGUGUGAAUCAACCAGAACACAUGAAAAUGUUUCAAAACAAGCAUAGGAAAUACUCCACAAUUAAUCCUAACUCAAAUGGUUGUAAUAUGAAUAAAGGAGUAGGAAUUACUCCAACAACUAAUCCUAAUUCAAAUGGUUGUAACAUGAAUAAAGGAGUAGGAAUUACUCCAACAAUUAUUCCUAAUUCAAAUGGGUGUAAUAUGAAUAAAGGUGCAUGCAAUACUCCAACAACUAAUCCUAUUUCCAAAAUCUCUCCUUCGAACUCAAACCCAAGGUAUUUGAUCCAAUUGGAGAUGCAUCUAGAAAGCAAUGAUGCUGAAGAAAUAAGAAAUGAUCAAACAAAAGAUGAAACGAAACAAGUCCCAGACCUUCCUAGGAGAUGCAAUCCAGAAUAUGAAGAAAUUGUUUUAGUGUCAAUAGGAGUGAACACUGCAAUAAGUAAAAAACCAAGUUUUUCGCCUGCAGUGUUGCCAGAGAGCAGCAAGUUAUCCUUCGUUUUGGCGAAGAAGUCGGUGUUGCCUGAUAAUGUUUUCGAGCGCGCACCGCACGACAAAAGCAAAUUAAAAGUUUUAGUUGACAUAAAUGACAGAAUUUUGAAAGGUGCGUCCAAAAAGGAAGCAAAGAUCUCAAGCAAUUCGUUAUUAUCCAGUAUACAAGACGCUUGCUAA